AUGUCGAACACCGUGAACGCUCCCGCAGCCAAUGUUUCAUAUUUUACGCCGGCCCAGUACCCCGUCGCCGGGUCUGCAGUCGAUCCCCAACCAAGUGGCGCUGCCAUCCCUACACUCUUCAAACCUUUGAAGAUUCGCGGAGUCGAAUUUCAGAAUCGAAUUUUUCUUUCGCCACUGUGCCAGUACUCUGCAGAGAACGGCGCCAUCACGGCUUGGCAUCGCGCGCAUCUUGGCGGCAUAUUUACCCGUGGCCCCGGGUUGACGUUCGUGGAGGCUACCGCUGUUGUCCCAGAGGGACGCAUUACCCCGGAAGACGUUGGAAUUUGGUCUGAUGACCAUAUCAAACCUUUCGCAGAGCUCGUAGAGUUUGCCCACUCUCAGAACCAGAAGAUUGCCAUUCAGCUCGCCCAUGCUGGCCGUAAAGGGUCGACCGUAGCACCGUGGCUAAACAGCGACAGCACAGCUGACGAAGCUCACGGCGGAUGGCCGGACAAUGUUGUAGGGCCCUCCGACAUUCCGUUCAGCGACACGUAUCCGACACCGAAAGCUCUUACGAAGGAAGGCAUCCGCAACGUCGUCAAUGCAUUUGCUAAAGCAGCAAAGCGAGCUGUUAGAGCUGGCUUCGACGUGAUUGAGAUCCAUAACGCCCAUGGUUAUCUUCUUCACUCGUUCGUCAGCCCUGUCUCGAACAACCGCACCGAUGAAUACGGAGGUAGCUUCGAAAAUCGCACCCGCCUUACCCUCGAGAUUGUGGAUGCCGUCAGGGCAGUGAUCCCACCCACAAUGCCCCUUUUCUUGAGGCGAGUCCCUUUGGCGCUUCAUCAGUCUAUGCCAGACCGUGCAUCGUGGACGUCGUCCGAAACGGUCAAGCUGGCGAAAGUGCUUGCUACGCGAGGCGUUGAUCUCUUGGACGUAUCCAGCGGUGGCCUGCACCCUUCGCAGAAAAUUAACAUCAACCCGUCGCAGCCCUACCAGGUACACUUCUCUGAAGCCGUGAAGAAGGCCUUGCCAGCAAAUAGCCCUCUGUUAGUCGGCGCCGUUGGAUCCAUCAAAGACGGUCGCACCGCUCAGUCUGUUCUUGAAGCAGGACAAGCCGAUGUCAUUUUCGUUGGAAGACAAUUCCAGAAGAAUCCUGGCACAGUUUGGGCGUUCGCUGAGGACCUUGGGGUUGAUGUCAACCUAGCUCACCAGAUAUCAUGGGGAUUCAAAGGUAGAGGCGGGAAGAGAUCACUCGUCACCAAAGAAUCAAAGAUGUAA